AUGUGCUGGACCCCUGUGUGGAGCCUGGGCGGCAGUGGCCCUUGAGCCCAUUCCCGUCCCUCUCUGGAGAUGUUUCCUCAUCUGUAAAGCGAAGGGCUCGAAUUGGUGAUCCCGAAGCACCCUCCAGCUCGAAAACUGACGAAUACAGAAGACUCCAGGGGACUUCUGGCCCCUUGCCUCACGCUCCCUGUGUCCUCUGUGUCCUGGGCGCGACGUGGGACCCUCGUGGGGUCAAGGAACACUAGCUCCAAAGACCUCAAGUUGCGGCCAGGUUGAAAGGGCCUUCGCAACGUCGCGCCCUCCUACGCCUAGGUUUAGCAGAGGAGCGAGCCAAGCCGGGAACUCCCGGAGAGAGCGGUUGUUCGGGCCCCAGCCACCGUCAGCUGUCCGGGCGCACACCCCUCUCCGGUCUGUCUUCUCCCCACCCCCACUGGCGCGCGGCCCCUGCUCACCACUCGCGAGGCAGCGGAGCUCCCAGAGCGCGACAGCCUCAACUGCAGAUACCCAAGCCCAGCACGCGACCUGGAUUUCUCCACGCAAGGGCGCCAGGCUGUGUACAAAGUCGCCAUGGCAACGGGCCACUUCCGGGGACUCCGGAAGUGUAGGGCGUGGCGGAAACGAAGUCCGAGAUCCUACGUCUAGGAUACGGUAUGGUCAUGGUAGAGUCAAGAAGACGAGAGAUGGGGCCUGUUAAUCUAGAAAGACUGCAGCAGCUGCAUGCGCGGAGUCAAGGUCAGGCUAGCGAGGAAAAGAAGGCUGCGUAUGAACCAGGAAGCGGGGCAGUGGGGCUUCCGGCGCAAAGGCGUUUGCCACUACGGCGGCCGCGUAGGCCUCUCCUAUUCCAGCUCCGCGCUCUGUGCGGCUGUCGGCGUGUUCCGUCGCCCCGCCUUGGUUCGUGUGGAGCCGGCCGGCCAGGCCUGCGCAGUUGCGGUGGCCGGGGAAGAUGGUGGAGGACGGCGCGGAGGAGCUGGAGGACCUGGUGCACUUCUCGGUGUCCGAGUUGCCUAGUCGCGGCUACGGCGUCAUGGAGGAGAUCCGGCGACAGGGCAAGCUGUGCGACGUGACGCUCAAGAUUGGGGACCACAAAUUCAGUGCUCACCGGAUCGUCUUAGCGGCCUCGAUCCCGUACUUCCAUGCUAUGUUUACAAACGACAUGAUGGAGUGCAAGCAAGAUGAGAUUGUAAUGCAAGGAAUGGACCCAAGUGCCCUGGAGGCUCUGAUCAACUUUGCCUACAAUGGCAACCUUGCCAUUGACCAGCAAAAUGUGCAGUCACUGCUGAUGGGGGCGAGCUUCCUGCAGCUGCAGAGCAUCAAAGACGCCUGCUGCACAUUCCUCCGAGAACGGCUUCAUCCAAAAAAUUGCCUGGGUGUGCGCCAGUUUGCUGAGACAAUGAUGUGUGCUGUGCUGUAUGAUGCAGCCAACAGUUUCAUCCACCAGCACUUUGUGGAGGUGUCCAUGUCGGAAGAGUUCCUGGCCCUGCCCUUGGAAGAUGUGCUUGAGCUAGUGUCUCGGGAUGAGCUGAAUGUAAAAUCAGAGGAGCAGGUCUUUGAAGCUGCAUUGGCCUGGGUCAGAUAUGACCGGGAGCAGAGGGGACCCUGCCUGCCUGAGCUGCUGUCCAAUAUCCGCCUGCCCCUUUGCCGGCCCCAGUUCCUGUCAGACCGAGUGCAGCAGGAUGACCUGGUGCGUUGCUGCCACAAAUGCAGAGACCUGGUAGACGAAGCAAAGGACUAUCACCUCAUGCCAGAGCGCCGGCCCCACCUGCCAGCUUUCAGAACUCGGCCACGCUGCUGCACGUCCAUUGCUGGGCUUAUCUACGCUGUGGGGGGCCUCAACUCAGCAGCAAAUUUUUAUGCAGGUGAUUCCCUGAAUGUGGUGGAAGUGUUUGACCCCAUCGCCAAUCGCUGGGAGAAAUGCCAUCCCAUGACAACAGCCCGCAGCCGCGUUGGCGUGGCUGUAGUGAACGGGCUUCUCUAUGCCAUCGGGGGAUAUGAUGGCCAGCUACGGCUGAGCACUGUGGAGGCCUACAACCCGGAGACGGACACAUGGACCAGAGUGGGGAGCAUGAAUAGCAAGAGAAGUGCCAUGGGGACAGUUGUGCUGGAUGGGCAGAUCUACGUCUGUGGGGGCUACGAUGGCAACUCUUCCCUCAACUCUGUGGAGACCUACUCACCUGAGACAGACAAGUGGACAGUGGUGACCCCGAUGAGCUCGAAUCGCAGUGCUGCUGGGGUUACAGUCUUUGAGGGCAGGAUAUAUGUUUCGGGCGGCCACGAUGGUUUGCAGAUCUUCAACAGUGUGGAGCACUACAACCACCACACAGCCACCUGGUACCCAGCAGCUGGCAUGCUCAACAAGCGCUGCCGGCAUGGAGCCGCCUCCCUGGGAAGCAAGAUGUUUGUUUGUGGGGGCUAUGAUGGCUCUGGCUUCCUCAGCAUUGCCGAGAUGUACAGUUCUGUGGCAGACCAGUGGUGCCUGAUAGUACCCAUGCACACACGCCGGAGCCGGGUCUCCCUCGUGGCCAGCUGUGGACGCCUGUAUGCUGUGGGGGGCUAUGAUGGACAGUCAAACCUGAGCUCGGUGGAGAUGUAUGACCCAGAGACGGACCGCUGGACAUUUAUGGCCCCUAUGGCGUGCCAUGAGGGAGGGGUCGGUGUGGGCUGCAUCCCUCUCCUCACCAUCUAAGGCAGAGGGUGGGAUGUGGUGGGGUGGGAAUCUGGUACAGCCAUACAUAGGCGCUUCCUUCCAGGAACAAUCCCUCUCAGGAGAGGUGGUGGACCAGAAGAUGGGGUGAAAUGUGAGCUUGCCAGACAUACAGUUUUUCCAGGUGCUUAAGUCUUCCUUCACUGACCUUCAGGCCUGGGUCAUCAAGAUGCACAGCACAGGACAGGACAAAAGCCCCUCUGAGUCCCGCAGCUGGUGAUAUGGAAGUGUUUUGCUGGUCCACAUGAACACUCCGUCCAAGCCCAGCUCCCACCCACCGUGGCUCUGUGGGCCACCCAUUUGCAGAAGGCCUUCCGUCUGAUGCACCUCCUUGCCUGCUUGUUUUCCACCCACAUUGUGGCCAGUUUGCCAUGGGGAAGCUGCAGUGGCCAAGCCUGUUGGAAACUGUGGGGUAUAGCUGGGAGAGAAAGGGCACCCUCCAAAUGUUCUUACUGCCUGUGAUGAUGCAGCUGAAGCUGUGUGCUGGCUACGCACAAGCACAUUCCAUCUUCCAUUGUAGGGCACAAAGGAUUUUGUUCUAAUCACCGGUAAGCAGGAAAUACAGAAGUUUUUCCCAUGCCUAACUUUGGGAUUUCAGUGAGGUCUUUUUCAUCUUGAGCAGGAGAAACGGAGGGAAAAAAAAGAUACUUGAAAGAAACUUAAAAGAAAUUUAAACAAGAAAACACACUUGAAAAAAACUGGAAAGAAAAAUACUUCUUUUAUGUGAACAUAUUUUGCAGGAAGAAAAAAGCAUAAGAGACACUGAAGGCAAAUAUGUUUAAAUGGAAAACCGUCCAACUUGAGAAGGGCGGUGUCCACUCCACAUUCGGGUCCCAGGGUACCGAGGCCUUGCACAGCACUUGGGGUUCCCUCUGAGCCCCGGUGUGCCUGGCAUCAGUACAUCUCAAGUGGUCCUGUGGCAAGGUGCUCGUGGGGUUUGUCUUCACACCCGCCGUCAGGGGAACUUUUUAAUCAUAGGCUUAGCAAGCAGCCGUUCUUCUAGGCAGGAGCUCCCAGCUGUAGCUGGGGGCUCCAGAUGUCCCUGUGAUUACCUCCCACUGCCACUGCAGCACUCAUUCAGAUUCCCCACUGUCACUUACAUUCCUUCCCUUUUUGACCAGCAGGAAACAGCAGGUUUGGCCAGAAUCUCACUUGCCCAUCUAUCGUCCUUGGAUGAUUUUCCUCAUUGUGACACUUCUGGGGCGUAUCUGCACUUCUAGAACCUAACCAGGGGCUUUCUCCUCCUACCAGCCAUGGGCUGGCUUGGUCUGGUAACCUUGCCUGCCCUGCCACUCCACUGCUUCUCCAUCCAGCCGCCAAUUCCAGGGGUCUGGCCUCCCUCCAGCCCUUGGAAGACUGACCAGCAAGGUGGACCUUCACAUUCGAGUAAAGCUGGCUUUAUGACAUAAAGAACUAAAGGCUAAAAGGAUCUGCUGCUGCAAAGAACAGAUUUUAUAUUUCUUCCUCUAACCUUGGCAAAUGACCUCUUAAAGAGACUCCAUACUCCUUCCUCCUCCUCCCUGGAUGGGACCUUAAUGUAGCACAGCAGGACCCAAAGAGGAGGACAUUUUCUAUUACCAGUGCACUGGGCAGUGGGACUGUCCAUAAACUGCUGCUGCCAAAAUCUGGUUUUCUAAAAUUCUUCCAGUAGAGACUAAAAGAGGAUAUAAUUCCUUUAACCCAAGACUGGGUCUUAGGGUCCCAAUCUCCACCUGGUCGGUCCUUUGCUGCCUGCCUGGGGUGGCCUGGAAGCCUGUUCAGAAAGGCACAAUGUGGAGCCUGGGGUGUGUCCCCCACCCCAGGACUGUCAGGUUUACCAGCGUGUGCAAUCACCAUGUAUUCAGAGGAAAGUACCUUUGUUACCUGCAACUUAGGAGCUGGGCCUCUCUUAUUAGCACUUGAAAAUGAUAUUUUUAUUUUAAAAGACUGAACAAUCUAAUAUCUGAUAUAGUUUAACCUGGGCUUGUGGUGGAGUGCCAGCAUUUCUCCCUCUCUGAUUUGCCUACAGAGGUAGACUCAGAAGGAGGUUAGGGUCUGCGUUUCCUGUAAGGAGUGUUUCAGCGCUCUUAUUGUUACAAGCCCCUUUCUUUCUUAUUUGAACCAGCACUGAUGAGCCUGGAUUGUGAAGGUGUUAAGAAUUGGCCAAGCAGGGUGGCUCACGCCUGUAAACCUAGCACUCUGGGAGGCUGAGGCAGGAGGAUUGCUGGAGCUCAGGAGUUCAAGA